GUCCAAACCUCAUUCACAGAUUCCUUGCCCACCUACUAUCCGUCACCUCAUAAUCCAAACCCACCGAGCUGGAACGAUCUGAAGUUCCUCCUCGUUUGUCUGCUCCCUCCUUCCCACCACACUCUCUUUAAUCUUGAAGGAAGCAGAACUUCAAUCCUUUCCGUCCCAGGAGACGAGCUUCCGGCAGGCUCACGAUGUUACUGCGUUCUCUGUUGUCUUUUACCUUUGCUGCGGUCACAGUUCUCGCCGCUCCUGUCUCUAUACAACAUGCCAAGUACAAGCGCGACCUGGCAACGAUUCAAGCAGCUCUGAACACCAUCAACUCUGCGCUUCAAGGUCUCGAUAACUCCGUGAAAGCCACUAACACGGUCACCCUCGGAGGCGGAAUCCAGCUCUUGAACGCCGUCGGCAACGUAAAGAGCUCCAUCGAGGACGCCACGACCCAGGUCCAAGGAUCCGAAGUUCUCAACAAAAAGGAUGCGCUCAACCUCAAGGCUGCUACGGACGCUCUCACAAACAACGUCAAGGUCACCAUCAAUGAUGUUGUAGCGAAGAAGUCUCUGGUUGACUCUCUAGGUGCAACACCGCUGGUGGCUGUUGCUCUUCAGGAUCAAAAGUCUGCUAGUGUCGCCCUCGCCCAGGCUCUCGUUAGCAAGGUCCCUCCCGAACUUAAUGGCGAUGCGCAAAAAAGCGCGACGGCUCUCAGCACCGUUCUUGACCAAGGCAUCGGCGUCUUUGGUGGCACUUCUGUC